GUAGGGCAGUGGGCAGGGCAGUACUGGUGUUAUGCGGAAUCAAACCCUCUAACCUAAAACGAGUUCUGAAGCAGGUAUGUUUAUUUCCAGCGCUGGGGUGCGGGGAGGGUGUGUGUGUGUGUGUUUCUCCUCCCAGCUUGCACACCCUAGAACUUAACAAGAUGAGCAGCACCGAGUUCUUGUAAGCAUUCCCAACCCGCCUGUCUGCUUCUGCUCAUCACAGGCAGCACAGUGGGAAGCCAUGGGAAUAAACGUCAAAGCAGCUGCCAUCGGAACCGCUGUUGGAGUAGGAGUGGCGCUCGUUGGCAUCCCAGCCGGCAUCUCUGUGCUGGGCUUCCAGGCAGCCGGCAUCGCUGCUGGGUCCGUGGCUGCCAAGAUGAUGUCAGCGGCUGCCAUCGCCAACGGCGGAGGAGUAGCUGCCGGCAGCACCGUGGCUGUGCUGCAAUCCAUCGAACUGGACACCAUCUUCCAGAUGAGGUCUCCCCAGAGAAGAGCAGAGGGGCUCUCUCUGCUCCCUCCCUCCCUGCUGCCCACGCUGCUUUGGGUGCGGUGCAGGACACGGUUGGUUUCUGGGCUGAGUGCACACUGCUGACUCACAUCGAGCUUCUCAUUGACCAGCACCCCAAGUCCUUCUCUGCAGGGCUGCUCUCAAUCACAUCAUCCCCUAUCGUGUAAUGAAUGCGAUAGGAAGAGUCAGGACUUGCUGGGUUCAGGCACCUGAGGCUGAGGACAUUGGCCGCCGUGCAGGGUGGCAUCUGCUCUUCUGCCAAGAGCAAAGUCUGUGUUGGGCGGCAGCGCUGGCUGGAGCCAGAAAGGGCCUGGCGGUGCUCAGGGAGCAGAGCCAGCUCCCAGACUGGCUCCUGCACAGUGUGGAGAGGUCCUUGGCUCUCUCUACCCCGUGCUCGGUCCCUCAGCAGGCAGAGUUGAUGCUCCUGUGGCAUCAUCCCUCUUU